GUCAGUCUGAUGAAGAUUGGCAUGCAGCGUUUCCAAACAUGGAUGCUAUUGGUUCUAGGACUGGUAGGAAAAAAGAAGCCUAAAGCAUUGAUUUUGGUGACAGAGUUACUGAUUGUUCUACAUGUGCAAAUGUUCCUGAUCUGGAAGAUAUAUUUAGGAGUGCAGGCCGUGCUGUCUCCACCAGCAAAGCACCCCAGAAUGGUACCUUCUGGAGUUGGAUCCUGAGGCUUUUGCCUUUGAAGCUGAGCUGUUCGAAAGGACUCCCCAAUUAUCUGUUCUCCCAUUGAUGAAGAUUGGCUUGGAUUCUAAACCUGUCUACUGAACUGUCUCCAGUCCACAUCAACACUGUCAGCCGUUCGAACUUGAUGGACUACUCUCCAUAUUUUCAUCCGAACCAUCGUCAAACACAUUGAACAGCAUCUGGGCCACCCCAGAGUAUUGAGUGAGUGCACCUACUACCUCUUGGCAGCUGAAGAACAAGCCAUUACAAAGUACUCUCUAGGCGUCUCUGCUCUGGCUGGAAGAAGAGGCUUUUGUGUUACCGGCAGAGAAAGGGCAGAGGGGAGAGUUUCAAAAGACAAGCGGCUCCCGGAGCACCCUCUAUAGUUCUAGAUGUGAAUCAAUCCCAUGAUGCAACAUGUCUCCCCAGCACCAGCUCUGACAAUGAUGGCCACACAGACUGUGCCCCCUCCCCCUUAUCAAGAAAGCCAACAGAUGACUGCCACAGCUCAACAGCCGGCUAAAGCACAACCCGUCCACAUCACCACACCCUCGGCAGCAGCCAACACCCCCAUCCCCAGCACUCCCAUCGACCCUCAGGCACAACUGGAGGCUGACAAGCGGGCUGUCUACAGGCAUCCUCUCUUCCCCCUCCUGACACUGCUGUUUGAGAAGUGUGAGCAAGCGACACAGGGCUCGGAGUGCAUCACUUCCGCCAGCUUUGACGUCGACAUUGAGAAUUUCGUUCACCAGCAAGAGCAGGAGCACAAACCAUUCUUCAGCGAUGACCCCGAACUGGACAACCUGAUGGUGAAAGCAAUUCAGGUCCUGAGAAUUCAUCUGCUGGAAUUGGAGAAAGUGAAUGAAUUGUGCAAGGACUUUUGUAAUCGUUACAUCACCUGCCUCAAAACUAAGAUGCACAGCGACAACCUACUCAGGAACGACCUUGGGGGGCCUUACUCCCCGAACCAGUCCUCCAUUAACCUACACACACAGGAUAUGCUGCAGAAUUCUCCUAACUCAAUGAAUGCAGUAUCCAGCAACCCCCAAGGAAUCGUGGUACCUGCCUCGGCACUGCAGCAGGGGAACAUCUCCAUGACAACAGUCAACUCACAAGUUGUGUCAGGUGGAGCCCUUUACCAGCCUGUAACUAUGGUAACGUCUCAGGGCCAGGUGGUAACCCAAGCAAUCCCACAGGGAGCCAUUCAGAUACAGAAUACACAGGUUAACCUGGACCUGACCUCUCUUCUUGACAGCGAAGAUAAAAAGUCAAAGAACAAACGGGGAGUCCUGCCGAAACAUGCUACAAAUAUCAUGCGCUCCUGGCUUUUUCAGCAUCUUAUGCACCCUUAUCCAACAGAGGAUGAGAAAAGACAGAUAGCAGCACAGACAAACCUCACACUCUUGCAAGUCAACAACUGGUUUAUCAACGCCCGGCGACGUAUUCUGCAGCCCAUGCUGGAUGCAAGCAAUCCGGAUCCAGCCCCCAAAGCCAAGAAGAUCAAAUCCCAACACCGGCCGACGCAAAGAUUCUGGCCCAACUCCAUUGCGGCUGGUGUGCUGCAGCAACAAGGAGGCAACCCCGGUACUAACCCCGAUGGCUCCAUAAACAUGGACAACCUCCAAUCCCUCUCCUCUGAUAACGCUACCAUUGCUAUGCAGCAGGCCAUGAUGGCAGCUCACGAUGACUCACUUGAUGGGACAGAGGACGAGGAGGAGGAUGAGAUGGAGGAAGAAGAGGAGGAAGAGGAGGAAGAGGAGGAGCUGGAGGAAGACGGCGAGGAGCUCCAGACAACAAAUGUUAGCGACCUUGGCUUGGAGCACAGUGACUCGCUCGAAUAGAGAACAAUGGUCAAUGGUGGAGCAGUCUCCUCCUGAGAAGCUGUUUGACCUGCUUGCCCAUUGUAGAGAGAGCUACAAGCCCUGCAUCCCUUUAAAGAUAUCAUUCAAAUUCAAUGACAAUACCCUUAUAUCAGGUGUCCUGCUUACCUGCUCCCGGUUGCAUUAACGGACAUGGAUGCACAUUGAAGACACCCUGGCGAAUGUGCAAACUGAUUAUUUAAGUGAAGGACACACGUUUACAAGGCACAUAUUGUGGCCAGUUCCCCCAUCCCCUUUGUUUUUGAUAAUAACAACAACAACAAAAGUGUUUUUAGGGUAAGCUGUUUUCUGUAUGACUGAAUGUUUUAUGGAUGUUCUAAUGCAUUGCCUUUUUGUGACAUGCAACUGAGAGGCAAAGUCUGUUUUCAUUUUCACUGCUUUUAUGAGAGAUUUAUAGAUGCAAAAGAGAGAGAGAGAGAGAGAGAGAAAGAGAUUGAUGGUUUUUACAAAAAGAAAAAGAAACUAAAAGACUGCAAUGCUUAUAAAUAUCUAGGUGUAGAAAAAAAAUGGAAGUUUGCAAAUUUGCAAGAAUUUAACAAACGAACAUGGAGAGAGUUUAAUGCUGGACCCAAGUUGACGCCCGGUUGGUUCUGAAGAACUGGAUUCCACCUCUUCGGGAUUUCAUUGGGUCAGUUCCCAAGACUUACAGAGAGGGCCUGUGCUUUGUGGUUAACAUGACGAAUAAAUCCCACAAUGCACUCUGAAUCAUUUUGGAAGUGGGAACAGAGACGUUUUAGCCUUCUGACUGGAGUGUCACAAUAGUAACAUGUCUGGUUUGAUUCCCUGCUGAACGGUGUAGCCUCAGUUAAUCCAAAAAGAAUGCCCCUGAAUAAUUAUGUUAAUUGUUUAGAGGAUCAUAAAUGUAAAAGUAACAAUGAAGGCGUUAUGCGUUGGUUGAAUACGUGCACACCCAGAUUUCCAAAUGUUUGCAAGCCUGAAGGCAAAGCAAAAGGCCGCCACUGGCUUGGAGAACUCAUGAAUUUCCAAGCAAAGUAGGGGAAAGUAUCUGGAGCUAAGUGGAAUUGCUAUCCAGAUGGUGAAAUUAAUGCCUUUUUUCACAACCUCAUUUCCCUGGAAAGCC